AUGCACCCCAAGUCGCCCAUCAAUAUUGGCGAAAACUUCAUGAAGAGCAUCUACGAAGCGUUGCGUAGUUCCCCACAAUGGAACCAGACACCCUUUAUUGUCACUCGGGAUGAGCAUGGGGGUUUUGCCGCCCACGUAUCCCCACCCACUGGCGUUCCUCCCGGCGAUAGUCUGACCUACACCGAGAAUGCCACCGACGGAAAGAAUUAUACCUUUCUGACUGUCUAUGGAUUCAAAGGGAUGGUACAAAAUAAACCGAGUUCCGAGGGCAACGACUUCACCCACACCUCCAUUCUCAAAUUUGUAUCUGAACUUUGGGGAUGGAAACCUUGA